GUGUACAGUCUUCAAUGGAAACAUGAUUGACUAAUCCUCAAAAAGACCUUAAGACCAAAGGACAUAGGAGCAGAAUUAUCAUGACUGAUUUAUUAUCCUGUUUUCUUCUUGUAACCUCUGACCCCCUUACUAAUCAAUCUUCACUUUAAGUAUACCCAGUGACUUGGCUUGUCACAGACUUGGCCGUCUGUGACAAUGAAUUGAACAGAAUCAUCACCCUCUGGCUAAGGAUGUUCCUCUUCAUCUCUGUUCUAAAGGGACAUCCUUGUAUUCUGAGGUUGUGCCUACUAGUCCCAAUUCCCCACAAUAGGAAACGUCCAUUCUAUCUAGGCCUUUCAAUAUUUGGUAGGUUUCAAUGAGAUCUUCCUCAUUCUUUUGAACUCCAGCAAGUACAGUCCCAGAGCAAUCAAAUGCUGCUCAUAGGUUAACACUUCCAUUUAUGGAAUAAUUUGUAUGAACCACCUUUGGGUGUAUGAAUCCAAUCACAAACAAGAGCAAAUCUGCAGAUGCUGGAAGUCCGAGCAACACACAAAAUGCUGGAGGAACUCAGCAGCCAACUGCAUCCAUUGAUUGUACUCUUUCCAUUGAUGCUGCCUGGCCUGCUGAGAUCCUCCAGCGUUUUGAGCAUGUUGCUCUGGAUGUAUGAACUUGUUUCUAUUGUUUAAAGAAAAUGGUAGAUAAUUUUGAAGCCCAUCAUCUGGUCACCCUAUCUUGAGGACAGAAAAGUUCCUGUUGGCUAACUGAGUUUUGAUAUGUGUAGUUUAUCCAGUGUUUGAAAUAAUUCCAGACUUGUCCAGAUCUCUCCAUUUCUCAGCCUUUCAUCUGGGCCUACAUAACUAUAAAACGUACACGACCGGCUGGUGUUUGUCUCGCGGAAAAUUCGUCCACCCGCCAAACUGCGUCUCCCAUAUACGUGGAUGCUGUGAAAUGCACACUGGUACAAACUUGCACACACAAUAUCAAGCUCACACCAGACAUGCACAUUUUCUUCAUGGCCCAUCACCUGAUACACAUUUCGGACCCAAAGCCUCCAUUCUGCAGAACUCCACUAGCAUCGUGCAUAUUCAGGAUCCAACAAGUCAAAGGUUGACUUGGGACAAACCACCGACAAAUGUACUGGUCAUCAAAAAAGUCAAGGAUGAAGCUCUUCUGGAACCAUUCAAGGAACUGUGCACUUUUCUCAUUGAGGAGAAACACUUGGUUGUAUUUGUUGAGAAGAAAGUGGUGGACGAUGCAGCGCUUGCUAAAGAUGCAGACUUUGAGCGCAUCAGGCGGCAACUUAGCCCCUUCCGAGAAGGCUAUGAUGAGCUGUCGGGCUACAUAGACCUAAUUAUUUGUCUUGGUGGUGACGGCACGUUGCUCUAUGCUUCCUCACUCUUCCAGACCAGUGUCCCUCCUGUUAUGGCAUUCCAUCUUGGCUCACUUGGAUUUCUCACUCCAUUUAAAUUUGAGUCCUACAGAACAGAAGUAACCAAUGUAAUUAAAGGAGAUGCCAGGAUAAUUCUGAGGAGUCGCCUGAAGGUGAAGGUGGUUAAGGAUUUAAAAACAGCAAAGCCAGAGAGCAAGUACCAAGUGGAGGAUAAUGGACUGAUCCCUCAGAGUCGCAUUGACAAUGAGACACAAAAAGCCUUCAUGCAAAUACAUGUACUGAAUGAACUGGUGGUGGAUCGAGGACCUUCUUCAUACCUCUCCAAUGUGGACUUGUACUUGGAUGGGAGACUCAUCACUUCUGUCCAGGGUGACGGAGUCAUCGUGUCUACGCCCACUGGUAGCACUGCAUACGCUGCAGCGGCGGGUGCCUCUAUGAUGCACCCUAAUGUCCCGGCCAUCAUGAUCACGCCCAUCUGCCCACACUCCCUUUCGUUCCGACCCAUCGUAGUACCGGCUGGAAUGGAGCUAAAGAUAAUGUUGUCACCUGACACCAGGAAUGUGGCGUGGGUGUCAUUUGAUGGAAGGCGGAGACAGGAAAUACAACACACUGAUAGUAUUACAGUAACAACAUCCUGCUACCCAGUGCCAUCCAUCUGCUGUCAUGACCUUGUGUACGACUGGUUUGAUAGCCUUGCCGAAUGCCUACACUGGAAUGUCCGCAAAAAGCAGUCGCGCUUUGAAGAAAUCACGGAUUCUUCAGACACUGAAUGUUAGUCCAAGGUGCACAUUCAUUUUUCCAUAUAUCCUUUCCUUGCUAUUUCCCUUAAAAAUAAACUCAAAUCACUUUGAGUUAGGCUGAAAGGGUAUGCAUCCCAUUCACAUCGAUUGGAAGACUGCCAGGCAGAGUAAUAUUUGAUCAGCAACAAUUAUUUUGUCUUCCUUUCUCUAGAAGCCCCCUUUCAUGCCCAAUUCCUUGCACCUUAGUCACCCUAAAUGAAAGAAAAUGCCUGGAGCCAGAAAACCAGGAAGAAUGGUGAAAAUGCAUCAGCUCCCUUCACGCGGGACUGGAAUUUGGAUGUUAUUGCUUUUUUGCCUUUUUUGAAGGUGCCUUUAUAAGUAAGUUAGCAGAUUUUAUGGAAUGCAUCCUUGCUGCAGAUGUAAUGUUAAAAAUGGAACAUGACAGUUUCACCCAAGACAGAAGAAUGGAGUGGAGUAUCACUCCAGAGACCUGAAGAUAAUCCAGUCCCAUUGCUGAGGAAGUGCUGCAGAGUCAGACCAUCGUUUUGGAUGUGUUGGUAAGCAAAGGUCCCAUGUUCUCUCUUGUGGGCAUAAAAAUUUGUUACUUUGAAUUACAGAUCUUUCUCCAUUGUCCAACCAACAUUUGCUUCCCUAUUGACCAUGAUUGCAGCAGAUUCACCAUUGUUGCUGUUCAUGGGAUCUUUCGGAUUGAUUUCUCUAUUUACCACAGAGAUGACAGCUGAAGAAGGAACCUGAUUUGGAUGUUCAAAUUUGCCACUUUGGAUGGAGAGGUGUAACUGAGCUCAUGUCCCCUUUAUCACUGUAACUUGCAGUUUAUAAAUGGAAUAAAGCACUGUCGCUUUGGUAAAAACAGAAAAUAAUGUCUAGGAAAGACACUAUUUCAAAAUGGGGUUGAGGCCUAUCAUUAGUUUGCAACUUAGUCAAGUGAGACUUGUUGUGAAAUCGGCAGCCUGUAUUUCUUGGCUUAUUUUCUUAAAUGCGGGGCAAUUGAAUGUAUUAACUUUUAAGUGCAGAUGAGUUCAGGCUGCAAUAUCAGCAAACCAACCUUUCCUGUGGAAUUCAAACUUCAUUCCUGCCCAGUCUGAUGGGAUACAGAUAUCUUCACAAGCCUAUGUGGCUUUUGCCCUAACAGAGAUUUCACCUGGUUUAGUUUCCAUUGUGCAUGUCUGCAAUGUAAUUCAUCAGUCCUGGAUCCAAUUUGUGGGUGAACAUUGUUCUGAGAGCAUGGACGAGGGCAAGGAAGAGCUAUGCAUUGGGGCUACAGUGCUAAAUGCCCUAUAGCUGGCAAACACAGCAUUCUGAGUGAUGAUCAAAAUUCACUGUUUGCACCCUUUAACUUAAGGAGGUCUAACUAAAAUGAUUUCCAGCUGUAAUUGACAUUAGUGUUCCCAAUUUAACUUUCAGAUAUGUCAAAGAGAACCAAAUUCAAAAAUAUCUACAUUUUCAUAAUGGAUGAAUGCACAGAUAGAUAUUGAACUUGGUGCAGAUACACCCAUAACAUUAAAACAGUGUACAUUUACAGUUUAUAUGGAAUAUUAUACAAAAUUACCAAAGAUUUUCCAAUAAACUAUUUUAAAUCUUAAA